AUGAAAAUCAAAUAUGAUAUUCCGCGUGCACACGAAGACUAUGCAAUGGUAUUUUGUUUAGUUCUUAUGGUUGCUACUGGUAUGUUUCACUCACUUCAAUUGCGUCUUAACAACGUUCAUCGCUCAGUGGCUCGUUCUCGUCUGAGCAACCAAACAAACGACAUUCCUGAGAUUCCAGUCUGUGGAAUUCCUUAUGACGAGCUUCGUUGUUCUGUCUUACAAUCGACUGAUCCAGAAAUUUUGAAACACUGCUUCACUGACAAUCUUCUUAUGCUCAGUCGAAUUUCAGUCCCGGUAUUCAUGGUAAUGAUUGUUCUUUUCUUGCAAUUUGCUUUUACAAUAGAUGGAAAACACAGUCGUCUCGCUGUUCGUACUCUGUGGACGAUUUGCGCGUUUGCUCUUGUCAUUAUUACAUAUGGAAUCCAUCAUGAUAGUUGUUUUCACAAUCAUACAUUUCUAUUAAUGAAUCUUUCUGCUGGGCCUCCAUUUACUAUCGUAGUCAAUUUUAUGUUAGAGGGUACAGAGCGCAGUUUCCCCUUGCAUAGAAAUGAUAACAACUCUAAUCAUGCAUCAAUCGAAGUAGACGAUGGACCGGCUGAACCUGCUGACAACAGACUCAUCCUAUGGGUGGAAAUACUCUGA